CGCUGAUCCCAUAGCGAAACAUACAUGAUCAUACCUGCUUCGUCUGUUGAGCCCGUGAUAUAAAUAACAGUGCGAGCCUGUGCAGCAUGGAAUCGAGGCAACAAACAAUCACAGCACCACACCAUGAGUCACGUCAAAAACAUCUUGGUCACUGGCGCAGCGGGCUAUAUCGGUGGUUCCAUACUCGCCGACUUCCUAUCGCGGCCCGACUUGCUCGCACCUGCAAAACUUCACGCCGUGGUUAGAUCCGAAGAGCAACUUCAAGCACUCUCGAAGCUUAAUGUGAGUGUACUUAACUUCGAGCUUGACGAUAGUGCAGCUGUAGCAGCCGCAGUUGACCAAAACCAAAUUGAUCUCAUCAUCCACGCUGCAAACUCAUCAGAUACUUUAAUCGUUACGAAUUUGGUUGAAGCACUCGGACGCCGCCGAAGUACGACCGGAAAGCCGGUCUUUUUCAUACAUUCGUCAGUCACGACGUUGUUCUCAGAAGAAGCAGGAUGGCCGCAUGGGAUGCUCAAGGACACGGAGUCGAUUUACGAGAAGGAGAAGGAGCUGGGGAGUUCGCAUCCUGUUCUCCAGACCAAUCUUCUGGUAGUUGAGAAAGCGCAAGAGUGCGGCGUCAAAUGCUUCAAUGUUGUGGUACCGAAUGUGUAUGGAAGGGGCAAGGGCGAAUGGAGGAAAGUAUCGAUCCUCAUUCCAGCGCUCAUUCAAGCCAGUAUCAGACUCGAAAAAGUGCACAAAUUCGACGUAGAUGGUCAUCCCCCCGCAGCGCACAUCUCGGAUUUAGUCGCAUUAUAUAGGAUCUUGGUGCAUAAGAUACUGGAAAACGAAGACAUUCCCAGUGGCAAAGACGGUUACUAUUUCGCCAUGGCCCAUAGAGCACCAUGGUGGGCCUACAUGCGAGCCAUAGCUCAGUCGUUGCAUGCGCGUGGACUCGUAGCAGAUCCUGAAGUGGAACUAUGGCCGAGCGAUGAGGCAGCAGCGAAGGCUCUGAAAUUCCCAGUUCAAUUCAUUCGAGCUAUGGGUACUGCUAGCGGAGGUCUUGAACCUGUGAAUGCUCGCCAAUUAGGAUGGCAACCUAUUUGGGACGAACGGAGGUUCUUGGAAAGUACAGACGAAGAAGUUCAGGCCGUGUUGGACUUGGAUACGAUCCGGACCGGCAUUUUCGAUAAGCUCAUGCAGCCUGCUACGGAUUAG